GGCGGUACCUGUGUACCAAUCAAGUCGGCCUAGUGUUUCGCUGGGGUCGGUGGUACAGCAUGGCGCCCUCCUAUGUGCUGGCCAUUGACCAGGGCACAGCGUCCACGCGCGCAAUCCUUUUUGACAAAGAUGGCCAGGUGAAGGCCAUGGAGCAGCAGGAAUUUCCGCAGUACUAUCCUCAAGCUGGGUGGACGGAACAUGAUCCGAACGAGAUUUUGCAAAGUGCCUUAAAUUGCUCUGAACUGGCGAUGAAAAAAGCGGGUGCCAAGAAGGAUGACAUUGCUGGAAUUGGCAUCACCAAUCAACGCGAAACCACUGUGGCUUGGGACAAGGUGAGUGGCGAGCCACUAUGCCGUGCGAUUGUUUGGCUAGACCUGCGAACUGCCGAGACGGCUGCCAAGCUGUCUUCUUCCGGUGGAAAAGACCGUUUUAGACCGAAGACAGGCCUUCCGAUUUCGACCUACUUCUCUGCAGUGAAGAUGAGAUGGAUGCUGGACCAUGUUGCCGAGGUGAAGAAAGCUGCUGACGAAGAGCGAUGUUGCUUUGGAACAAUAGAGAGCUGGCUCAUCUACAAGCUGAGUGGGGGCACUGCUGGCGGGGUCCAUGUCACGGAUGUUUCCAAUGCCUCGAGGUACAUGCUCAUGAACAUCAGCACCUGCAAGUGGGAUGAAACAGUGUGUCGACAAAUUGGCAUUUCCACCAGUUGCCUGCCCAGCAUCAAGUCUAACUCAGAGAUCUAUGCCCACGUAAAAAAUGUGAGUUACCUUGAGGGUCUGCCCAUUAGCGGGGCUCUGGGUGAUCAGCAUGCAGCCCUGCUUGGCCAUGCGUGUUUGGAUGUGGGCACGUCCAAAAACACCUACGGCACGGGAUGCUUCAUGCUUCUGAACACGGGUUUUGAUCCUGUGCCCUCCAAGCAGGGUCUGCUUACAACUGUGGGCUACAAGCUGAGCCCUGAGGACAAAACUACGUAUGCACUCGAAGGCAGCGUGGCGUGUGCUGGGCGAGUGGUACAAUGGCUCCGGGACAAUUUGGGCAUCAUUGCUUCCUCCAAGGAAGUGGAAAUCCUCGCCAACAAGGUGGAGGACACUGGAGGUUUGACCUUGAUUCCUGCCUUCAGCGGCCUUUUUGCACCGCACUGGCGAGACGAUGCAAGGGCAGUGGCUGUAGGAAUGACCCUCUACACGAGCAAGGAGCACAUGUGCCGUGCGGCCUUGGAGUCCACAGCUUUUCAAGCUGUGGAUAUCAUGGAGGCUAUGAAGCAAGACACCGGCCUUCGGCUAGUUGACAUGCGUGUGGAUGGUGGAAUGACGGUAAACAACCUCCUUAUGCAGAUGCAAGCGGAUGCACUUGGCAUGCCAGUGCUACGCUCCAAAAUGGCAGAAGCAACAGCUUUAGGAGCCGCGUUGGCAGCUGGCCUUAGCGUUGGCUUUUAUCAUAACAAGGAGUCUGUGCGGGCGAUGAUUGAGAAGGCAGGUGGCUACGAGGUCUUCAACUCCACGACCUCCACAGCUGCACGGCAGAAGAUGCAAAGCAGAUGGAAGGAUGCCUUGAAGCGAUCCUUUGAGCUCGCCAAAUAUGAUCCCAACUACAAAGACGAGGAAAAGCCGAAAGCCCUGAAGAAGCCACGCUUCGUCAAGGUGUCCACGAUCAAGCCUGAGCAGAACGGCUUAAACCUGCAAGUCAAAGUGAUCAAGUUACCCGACGUGGUGGACGGAGAGAAGCUGCAUGAGGUGAUUUGUGGGGAUGCAAGUGGCACAGUGACGCUGAACUUGACCCCCUCGCAGUUUCUUCCCUGUGAGGCUGGCACCUACAUUCGCGUGCAGAAUGCAAAGGUCAGAAUGAAAGGUGGAUACAUCCGUGUGGAGGUGGAUAAAUGGGGCAAAGUCUCAUCAGCUGAGUCUCCAGAGGCGGACUUUGAGGUGAACCUCAAGAAUGAUGUGUCUGCUGUUGAAUAUGAGCUCAAAUAGGCGGUCGUUGGAAACAAAAAGUUUUAAGCUUUGUAAAUAAACUUAGCCAGCUGCUCUUUGUUGCUGUCACUGACCGACAUCCC